AUGUAAUAAGAAUAAUAAAUAUUAGUGCAAUUAUUAUCAGCUUCCGAUAGGAUACCUGAACUGAUUUGUAAAUAUCUAUAAGAAGUGCCGUUUCUGAGAUAAUUUGAUUCAACUCAAGGUCAAGGUUUUAUGAAAAAAUUGGCAGCUUUAGUCUAAUUUAAGAUUUAUCAACAAGAUGAGAUUAUAUUAGAAUAAGGGAGGCCUGUUAAUUCACUAUACUUAUUUAUGUAUGGAUUAAUAGGAAGACAUCAAACUAAAAGAGAUAAAAAUUAUGAGAUUAUACCUGAGAAAAAUGCUAUCGGAGAAAUUUAUUUUCUUACUCGUUAAGCAUGUAAAUAUUGGUUUUCAGCAUUGAAACCAUCACUAAUUUGUUAUGUAACAAAAGACAAUUUCUAUAAAAUUGUGAAAAAGAAAAAUAUCACAAUGUCUUUAUUGAAUGAAUUACUAUAAUAUCCAUUUUUCUCAUAAUUGUCAAUAAGGUACAAGAAUUUAAUAAAGUAGUUUCAUUGAAUAAAUAUGCUAAAAGAGUCAAACCGUAAAUUACAUCAAUCAUUAAGUUGUAUUUGAUAUUGAUCAAGAAGCGAAUAAUUGGUACAUUGUCUUGUAAGGAGAAUUCUAAGUAUUAUUUUAACAUUAGAAAAAAUUCUAUCCUCUGAUCCUGUUGUCCUAAGGAGAUUACUUUGGAGAAAUAGAAAUUGUGUUGAAAUCUUUACGUCAAUAUAGAAUAUAAUGUAUUAGCAACGAAGCCAUAUUAUUGGAAAUAAAUAAACUAUCAUUUUCACAAUUGAUGAUCUAUGAUACACAAUUUAAGAUUAUGAUCAAUCAGAACAUUUAGAAUAGGAUUAACUCUUAUGAUGAAAUCAUCAAGCAAAAUAUCUCCACUUUAAGUAUUCCAUUAUCAAGCAGACGAAGCAGAUCCAAAAUGCAUCUUAAAUCCAUACACAUCAAAAUAAAAAGCACAGACACAUCAAUAGAACCAAAUGUUUAGGAAUUUUAGAGUGAGAGAGAGAAGGCUUUACUAAAUUUGAUGGAAUCUAAAAUUGUUAAGAAAGAGAGUAAAAAAACUUUAUAUUAAAGACUGAGAGAACAAAAUCCAAGAUUGCAUCAAUUUCUAGAAAAAAUGGAGGAAAUCAAGUAAUAAAAAUAAUAAACCUCAAAAAAAUUUGAAUUAAUCAAACAGUUGCCUUCUAUUUAAUCAAAUCCUCUUGUUGAUUCUAUUCAAUCUUAUUCUAAUACUCCUCUAUUUUCUUUUAAAGGAGAUUCUCCAAUAAGAAUAAGAUAAUUGACCAAAAGCAGAAAUCAAAACAGUAACUCUUCUGUGCAUACCUUGUAAUAAACCUAAGAGAUUUUAACCAACAUGGGAUAAGGAAAAUAUUUUAAACUGCUAUUCCAUAAAAAAGAAACUUGA